AUGGCCGAAGAGGAAGCAGUCGCCGACUUUAAAAUAGUAGAAAAAGAGUCAAAGGGAGGAAAGAAAAGCUUCGUAUGGAAAUUCUUCGGCUUUGUUGAAACACAGGGUGUAAUCAACAAAAAAAGCGUCGCUUGCAAACUUUGCAAGCUGAAUAUGCCCUACAGUGGCAACAUAACAAAUUUGAGGGCCCAUCUCGAUCGUAAACAUUGGGCAGAAGUAAAAGACCAAGCGGUGCCAGCACCGAAUGUUCUUUCACAAACUACAACCAGCGCUAGUGCCAGCACCAGCAGCAGUGGUGACCCACCACUACCAUCCCUGAAUCAAGAAGGACAGCCAACCAUCACUCAUUUGUUUGCCAAGCAGAAGUCCUUUCCAAACACGUCAGUAAGAGCGGUGGAAAUCACCAAAGCUAUAGCAGACUUUUUAAUUUUAGAUAUGAAGCCGCUUGAUACGGUUGAAGGCGAAGGCUUCAAGACUUUGAUGAAAGUGCUUGAACCCAGGUACUCAGUUAUUUUGAGAAAUCACCUUUUAGAAAGGUACAUUGUGCCUAUGUAUCAGAACACUGUUGAAAAUGUCAAACUUGAACUUUCAAAGGGGAAGCGGCAUGCCUUCACUACUGAUGGUUGGACGUCUAUGUCGGCUGAAAGUUUUAUCACGACAACCUGUCACUAUAUUGAACCACAGAUGUACCAGCUCCAUUCUAAAGUGCUUGAUACAAAAUAUUGUCCAGUUAACCACACAGCUGAAAAUCUGUCGGCAGAAAUUAAAGCAACAGUAGAGAAAUGGGACUUGAAAGAUUCUGUUAGCGUGACUGAUAACGCAGCAAAUAUUGUGAAAGCAUGUAACCUUGCCCAGAUGCCCCAUUUUGGUUGUUUCGGCCACAUUUUAAACCUAGCAGUCAACAGAUGUCUGUCUGUGCCUGAAAUAUCUUCUUUGCUGGGGAAAUGCAGAAAACUUGUUUCAGUUUUCAAGCAAAGUUCUUUGAAAACAACUGCACUGCAUACGACAGAGGCUAACUUGGAACUGAAAGACUUACAAGUGAUCCAAGAUGUAGAAACGCGAUGGAACUCAGCCCUCAUGAUGAUUAAACGCCUGCUUGAAAUUCUGCCGGCCAUUUGGGCUGUAUUAUACAAGGACAAGAAGAAUUCACAUUUACUACCGUCAGACACUGACCGCAAUCAUAUGGAAGAUCUGAAGGACUUACUUCAGCCAGUAGAAGAAGCAACAAAGAAAGUAUAUGCUGAAAAGACAAGUACAGUAAGCUUAAUACUACCUACAAUGGAGAGAUUUGUGAAGCAUGACUUUGUGCCAAAAGCCACUGAUAGCAGCAUGAUUGUCAAGGCAAAGGACGCCAUUCGUUCAGAUCUGAUGAAACGAUAUGUGAAAGAUGAUGAACAGCAGCUACUGCUAACUGCUACAGCAUUAGAUCCAAGGUUUAAGAAGUUACAGUGGCUUGACCAAGAGAAGCGUAACGAUGUAUAUAGUGAGUUGAAAAAGGAUCUAAUAAAUGUAGAAAUUCCAUUACCAGCUGUUAAUAUCAAGAGUGAACCUGGUGUUGAUAACAUCAAGACUGAAACAGAAUCAUCAAGCGAGGCAGCUAAUGUUACGGAAGAGUCUGAGAGAAGUCCACAGAAAAAGAAAACAAAGCAAGAAGUCAGUGGUCCUGUUGAUGAGGCUGAUUUUUUUGAUGUUCUUUUUGUAAAGGAAGAAAAGUCUGAAAUUACAAAGGCAGAUGUAAUUGACAGGGAGUUUGAUGGCUAUAUGAAAGAAGACAUUCUUUCUUUAAAACAGGAUCCCAUUGAAUGA